AUGGUUGCUCAAGGACUCGAUAAACGUCCAUUGAAAGAGUUGGCAGCUGAGAUCAGUAGUCGCCAAUUUAAUUGUGUUCGAUUGACAUGGUCUGUUCAUAUGUUUACUCGUUAUGCAUAUGAGACUAUUGGUGAUGUUUUAGAUGGUUUAGAUAUUGGUGAUGUCAAGAAUGGAGUUGAAAAGCACAAUCCUGAGAUAUUGAAAAUGAGUGUUGCUAAGGCGUUUCAAACUGUCAUUAAUUGUUUGGGCUCAGAAGGCAUCAUGGUUAUUUUAGAUAACCACAUUAGUCAACCGAGGUGGUGCUGCUCUCUCGAUGAUGGCAAUGGCUUCUUUGGAGAUCGCAAUUUCAAUCCUAAUGAAUGGUUUCAAGGCUUAUCUUUCGUUGCUACGCAAUUCACCUGUAAUCCACAUGUGAUCGGAAUGAGUUUAAGAAAUGAGCUUCGAGGGCCAUUUACAAACAACGAUGCUUGGUGCUAUUACAUGAGACAAGGAAGCCAACUAAUCCAUAGAAUAAACCCUAAUAUUCUCAUAAUCAUUUCCGGAUUAAACUAUGACAAUGAUUUAAGCUACCUAAAGAAAAGGCCACUAGGCUAUACCUUACACAACAAAGUAGUGUUGGAGGCACAUCUCUACUCGUUUAGUGGUGAUAAUGAAAGUAAAUUCAUGAAGAAGCCAUUAAACAUAAUAUGCAACGAAAUAAUGGAGAAGUUUGAAAGGGAAGCUGGGUUCGUGGUGGACAUGGAGAAUCCAUAUCCUUUGUUCCUUAGUGAAUUUGGGUAUGAUCAAUCAGGUGGCAAUGAGGCAGAAAAUCGGUUCAUGAGCUGCUUUUUAGCUCGAAUUGCCGAGAAAGAUAUUGAUUGGGCCUUGUGGGCUUUCCAAGGAAGUUAUAUGUACAGACAAGGUCAUACCGAUCCGGAUGAAAGUUUUGGUGUUAUGGAUCACUCUUGGACUAAAGAUCGUAACCCUAAACUUGCACAAUUACUUCAGCUUGUCAAGAGAAUCAACCAAGAUCCAAAUUCAAAAGCACCAAUGUCAUAUAUAAUGCUACAUUCAGUAUCAGGACAAUGUGUCAAAUCUGACAACAAAGGAGGAAUUGAACUCGGCGAUUGUACAUCUCCGACUCAAUGGAACCACACUGGAGAUGCAAGUCCGAUGAAGUUGUUAUCAAACGGGCAAUGCUUGAAGUCUGCUGGAGAUGGAAAAUCGCCAGUGGUAUCGGCUGAAUGCUCUGGUGAUGGAAGCAAUUGGACGGUGUCUUCCAAAGCAAAGCUUCAAUUGGCCACCAAAAUUGGUGAAGACAACUUUUGCUUGGAGAAGGAAUCUGACGCUUCAAUUGUUUUGAAAAAAUGCAUUUGUCUUGAUGAAGAGAGUUGCAUGGAUGAUCCUCAAACUCAAUGGUUCAAGCUGGUUCCUACCAAUGUUUCUUAA